UGUGGUUUUUGUUUUGAUUAAUUUUUUUGUUUGUUCUUUUUUUCCCUUUCCAAAACGUAUUUAAAUAAUUGUUUAAUUUAUCAGUUCGAGAUUUAAAUAAUUUGAUUAAUUGGAUUUGUUGAGAUCCACAAGAAGCAUUGGCCAUUCAACAAAGGUCGGUGAUCAUGAGCGAACGAAUUAAUGGCAUUGAUCCAUAUACUAUUGUAGAACACGCACAUUUGGCUCUUUACUGCUUUGCAAAUAGACAACUCAGUACAUUACUGAAGUUGCUUUACAAAGCAAAAUAUUUGCUUCUUUUGAUUUGUGUGGAAGAUCAUCCAGAAAUGGCACUUAUUGAAGGGUAUUCACGAUCCGAUGCAACUGCUCUAGUAUCAUUGCAAAAGUGCAAAAGUGUAAAAUCUUACAACACUACAACAACAAAAUAUAUGGAUUGAAAUUUUACAAUGGUCUUGCACUUUUGCUAUACCCUAACCCUAUUGCAAAUUAAAAAUACAAUGGUGUAAAAUUUUUUCACAGAUGGCAGCUCGCCG